GCUUGUCAGCCGGGAAAUGGGCGACUUUCGGAGAUAGGGGCUCUCCCCUCCCCCAUGGAGAAGGGGGCGACUGUUGACUUCCUUUCUUUAGGUGAGACCUGCCCGCCCGCGCCGCCCGCGUCCGCACGCCAACUUGUUUAUCUGGGCUGCGGUGGGAGCCGCGGACCGUGGCGGGUGAGCGGCGCCGGUCCAGAGGCGGCCGCCCAGACACCCGUGUUUUUUUACCCCCUGGUGGAACGCGAAGCCGCGUUCGAAUUCGACCUGCCCCGUUACCGCCUGUCCACCCCGGCGGCCGCGCGCGCCUCGUUGCUGGCCCGCGCGUGCUGAGCGUGUGCACACGCAGGGGGCUGACGGCCUGCAACUUCGGGGCUGGCGUUAUCGGCUAGAAGUGGGCGUGUCGGAGAGAGCUCAACAGCUGAUAUUUGCUGAUGGACUCCAAAGAAUCCUUAGCUCCCCCCAGCAGAGAAGAAGUCCCCAGCAGUGUACUUGGCCUUGAGAGGGGAAAUGUGAUGGACUUAUACAAAACCCUAAGGGGAGGAGCUACUGUGAAGGUCUCUGCAUCUUCGCCCUCACUGGCUGCUGCUGCUGCUCAGACAGACUCCAAACAGCAGAGACUUCGGGUUGAUUUUCCCCAAGGCUCAGUAAGCAAUGUGCCACAGCCAGAUCUGUCCAAAGCAGUUUCACUCUCCAUGGGACUGUAUAUGGGAGAGACAGAAACAAAAGUGAUGGGAAAUGACUUGGGAUUCCCACAGCAGAGCCAAACCAGCCUUUCCUCUGGGGAAACGGACUUUCGGCUUCUGGAAGAAAGUAUUGCAAACCUCAAUAGGUCGACCAGUGUACCAGAGAAGCCGAAGAGUUCUGCAUCUGCUGCUGGGUCUGCUGCCCCCACAGAGGACCUUCCUAAAGCUCCCUCUGGUUUAUCUUCAGAACAGCAAAAUCUGAAAAGCCAGUCUGGCACUAAUGGUGGCAGUGUGAAAUUGUAUACCACAGACCAAAGUAAUUUUGACAUUUUGCAGGAUUUGGAGUUUUCUUCUGGGUCUCCAGCUAAAGAGACAGUUGAGAGUCCUUGGAGAUCAGACCUGUUGCUCGAUGAAAACUGUUUGCUUUCUCCUUUGGCAGGAGAUGAUGAUCCAUUCCUUUUGGAAGGGGAUGCGAAUAAUGAGGACUGCAAGCCUCUGAUUUUACCGGACACUAAACCUCAAACUAAGGAUACUGGAAAUAUGAUCUUACCAAGCUCCAGCAGUGUACCACUGCCCCAAGUAAAAACAGAAAAAGAAGAUUUCAUUGAACUUUGCACCCCUGGGGUAAUUAAGCAAGAGAAACUGGGCCCAGUUUAUUGUCAGGCAAGCUUUUCUGGGACAAAUAUAAUUGGUAAUAAAAUGUCUGCCAUUUCUGUUCAUGGUGUGAGUACCUCUGGAGGACAGAUGUACCACUAUGAUAUGAAUACAGCAUCCCUUUCUCAACAGCAGGAUCAGAAGCCUAUUUUUAAUGUCAUUCCACCAAUUCCUGUUGGUUCUGAAAAUUGGAAUAGGUGCCAAGGAUCUGGAGAUGACAACCUGACUUCCUUGGGGACUAUGAAUUUCGCUGGCCGAUCGGUUUUUUCUAAUGGCUAUUCAAGCCCUGGCUUGAGACCAGAUGUAAGCUCUCCUCCAUCAAGCUCCUCAACAGCAACGGGACCACCUCCCAAACUGUGCCUCGUGUGCUCUGAUGAAGCUUCGGGAUGUCACUAUGGGGUACUGACAUGUGGGAGCUGUAAAGUGUUCUUCAAAAGAGCAGUGGAAGGUAGACAACACAAUUAUCUUUGUGCUGGAAGAAAUGAUUGUAUCAUUGAUAAAAUACGAAGAAAAAAUUGUCCAGCAUGCCGGUAUCGAAAAUGUCUUCAAGCUGGAAUGAACCUGGAAGCUCGAAAAACAAAGAAAAAAAUAAAAGGAAUUCAGCAAGCCACUACAGGAGUUUCACAAGACACUUCUGAAAAUCCUGCUAACAAAACGAUAGUUCCUGCAACAUUACCACAACUUACCCCUACUUUGGUGUCACUGUUGGAGGUCAUUGAACCUGAAGUAUUAUAUGCAGGAUAUGAUAGCUCUGUUCCAGAUUCGGCCUGGAGAAUCAUGACCACACUCAACAUGUUAGGUGGGCGCCAAGUGAUUGCAGCAGUGAAAUGGGCAAAGGCAAUACCAGGAUUCAGAAACUUACACCUGGAUGACCAAAUGACCCUCCUGCAGUACUCAUGGAUGUUUCUCAUGGCAUUUGCCCUGGGUUGGAGAUCAUAUAGACAAUCAAAUGGAAACCUGCUGUGUUUUGCUCCUGAUCUGAUUAUUAAUGAGCAGAGAAUGACUCUACCCUUCAUGUAUGACCAAUGUAAACACAUGUUGUAUGUUUCCUCUGAGUUACAAAGACUGCAGGUAUCCUAUGAAGAGUAUCUCUGCAUGAAAACUUUACUGCUUCUCUCUUCAGUUCCUAAGGAAGGUUUGAAGAGCCAAGAGCUAUUUGAUGAAAUCAGAAUGACCUACAUCAAAGAGCUAGGAAAAGCCAUUGUCAAAAGGGAAGGAAACUCCAGUCAGAACUGGCAGCGGUUUUAUCAACUGACAAAACUUUUGGACUCCAUGCAUGAUGUAGUUGAAAAUCUCCUCACCUAUUGCUUCCAAACAUUUUUGGAUAAGACCAUGAGUAUUGAAUUCCCAGAGAUGUUAGCUGAAAUCAUCACCAAUCAGAUACCAAAAUAUUCAAAUGGAAAUAUCAAAAAACUUCUGUUUCAUCAAAAGUGACUGCCUUACUAAGAAAGGUUGCCUUAAAGAAAGUUGAAUUUAUAGCUUUUACUGUACAAACUCCCAAUUUGUCUUGUAGAGGUUUUAUUGGGCUAUUUUAUUGUUGUUUUUCUAUGUCUCUUAUUUUCUUUAAAUAUGCACUACAUGUGGUUUAUAGAGAGCCAGGAUUUGGCAACAUAAGGAGUUGAAUCAUCACUUUAAGUGAUGGGAAAGUAGAUAAUGAAAUUUAUUAGUUGAUGUGUCCUAGAAAUUAAAAAUAAUGUGUAGGCAAUGUCCACUGUUGAAGGAUGGCACAAAAACCACCAGUGCCCAAAGUCUAUGUGGUGAACUUUCUGCUCAUACUCUUCAGUUAGCUGGAUGAAACUUUCUGGACUUUCUUUUGAUGUAUUUUUCCCAUGUAUAGUUAGGAUAGCAUUUUUGAUUUAUGCAUGGAAACCUGAAAAAGUUUACAAGUGUAUAUCAGAAAAGGGAAGUUGUGCCUUUUAUAGCUAUGACUGUCUGGUUUUAACAAUUUCCUUCAUAUUCAGUGAACUACGCUUGCUCAUUUUUCUUACAUAAUUUUUGUAUCCAAGUUAUUGUACAGCUGGUUACGAUGGGCAGCUAGUUCGCAGCUUUCCUAAACUCUAAACAGUAAUCUUCUGUGUGAAAAUGGGUUGGUGCUUCUACCCUGACAGCACUUAGCUGUCAGAAGACCACAAAAAUUGACUCAGAUCUCCAGUAUUCUUGUCAAAAGCUUUUAUUUUGUAUAUAUCUGCUUCCAUGGAAAAUUAUAUAGGUUGUGCAAAUUAACAGUCCUAACUGGUAUAGUAAACUGUGGAUGACGGUUGCAAAAGACUAACUUAAAAAAUAACUACUAAGAGACCCUGUUGGUACCUAAUAUCCCAUCUCAGCAAUGGUUAGAUGGAAAGAAAAUUGGUAAACUAAUUGUCUUUUGGGACCUUUUGUAGUUAUGUUAUAACUUAUUAAAGUUAUGAUUCCAGAUAACCAGCUGUGAUACAGCUGUGAGGUUUUUAAUCAGACCAAAUAAUUCCUCACUAAACUUUUUCCCCAAACUAAAUCUUAACAUGGCAAAAGUGGCUAGACACCCAUUUUCACAUUCCCAUCUGUCACCAAUUAAUUGGUCUCUUUCCUGGUGGUACAGGAAAGUUCAGCUACUGAUUUUUGUGAUUUAGAACUGAAUGUCAGGCAUCCAUGUUGUACAACUACACAUCCCUACAUGUGCCAUAGAAUUUAACACAAGUCUUGUGAACUUCUUCACAUUGAGAAUUAUCAUUUCAGCAGAACAGAAGCUGUAGUAGCCCUUUCUAUGUGCACCUUACCAACUUUAUGUAAACUGAAAGCUUAACAUAUUUACUAAGCCACAAGAAAUUUGAUUUCUAUUCAAGGUGGCCAAAUUAUUUGUGUAAUAGAAAACUGAAAAAAAAUCUAAUAUUAAAAAAUAUGAAACUUCUAAUAUAUUUUUAUAUUUAGUUAUAGUUUCAGAUAUAUAUCAUAUUGGUAUUCACUAAUCUGGGAAGGGAAGGGCUACUGCAGCUUUACAUGCAAUUUAUUCAAAUGAUUGUAAAAUAGCUUGUAUAGUGUAAAAUAAGAAUGAUUUUUAGAUGAGAUUGUUUUAUCAUGACAUGUUAUAUAUUUUUUGUAGGGGUCAAAGAAAUGUUGAUGGAUAUCCUAUAUGAUUUAUAGUGUGUGCAAGCAUUCAUACAGGCAUCAGUGGUCUCAGAAACCAACCAGGCUUGCUCUAGGCCAGGGGAAGAGGGAGAUGGAGAUCGGCCCUGUGUGCAGUGAAGGUUGCUGAGGUUUUGACCCGAUCAGAUCACAGGGGAAGGUAAUCCCCCCCCCACCGCCCAUUCUCACCACUCUUAUUCCAACAGUGAGUCUGCAAAUGCAAGUUUAGUUUAUUAAAUCUCCCCUUGUGCUAAAAGUGUGUAAAAAGGACAGAAAGGUGGUGCUUACACAGUUUAUAAGCACCAUCUAAUAGCAGGUUACUUUCAUAUACAGCUUCUCCAAUAGUUUAACAAGAACAGAAACUUUAGAAGUUUGGCAAUAAUAUGGAUAGAGGUACCAGCAAUAUGUAAAUAGUACAGAAUCCCAUAGGAUGCCAACAAUACACUAAUUCCUUUCCAUCCUACAAGAGUUCAUUUUCAAGUAAAAUGAAGACAUGUUUAUGUUUUCUUUGAAUGCUUUUAGGAUGUUAUUUUCAGUAUUUUUUCAGAAAUUAUUUAAUAAAAAAUGUAAUUAUCUGCUUUCUGAAUGCUCUCUAAAAGGGAAUGUUCACUUUGUAAUAGUUUCAAUUGAUCUCAAAGAACUUUAAGAUGGUUGUAACCCAGCUAGAUGUGAAAUUUAUGGUGCCUAAGAAAUACCACUUGAAUAUUAUCAAUGACAGUGUUAAGUUUCAAAAGAGCUUCUGAAAGGUAGACUAUUUGUACAUUUAUGGAAUAUUACAUGGUUCAAACCAGAAGCAUAUCACACAUUAAUCUUAUGACAGUUUUUCAGUCCCAAUAGCCUUGGCUCAAAAAAUAGAGCUCACUAUAAUAUAUAUAAAUAAAUAAAGUAUAUGUGCACUUUUUUGUCAAUAGAAGGCAACAGACAUUCAUUAAACAACUACAGCAGGCUUUUCAUUACAUAGAAAGAGAAAAAGAAGCUGUUCAUUUGUAUUUAAAGUAUGUGGGAAAGAAGAAAAAAGAUAGGUAUUGUUUGAAUGCAACUUCAUUUUCUAUGUCUGUGGUUUUGUGCCACCCUAAUCUAUAUAAAUUUGGUAAGUUAAGUGAGAGUUGGUGACAUGCCUUUGUGACUCACAACAGAUCUUGAAAGUUUUUUUAAUUACUGGUAGGAUAAAAGGGAUUCUCUCAGUAUUUUUAGGCAUUUCUGUGGGACACUGUACAAGCAGAUCUGAAGAGAUAAGCCUUGACAGUCUGAGGAUAUAUACACAGCUGUGUAAAUCUUUGGGAGGGGAAACUAAAGAAGCACCCACCUUCUCUUAGGAAAAAUAAAAACCUUGGCCACCCAGAAAGGAAAACCAAUAUUUAUUAGUGUCCAUGAAGCACUUAUUCAUGAGCACAGGAUAAGCCCUAGGCAAGCACAUGAAAGAAAGCCAUCCUCAUUUCAGAAUGGGGGGGGACAGGAGGGGACGAGCAGUUCCCCAUGUUACUUGGGUCUCAUUAUUUUAAUUCCCUCUUAAAUACCUUAAAACUGUAUCACCAUGGAAUGAACAAUAUUAUGAUGCUUUGAUCAGGUAAAAUUCAAGAAUCACGAUAGCCUUCAGUGAGAUUUUGAUCUUGGUUGGUCACCCCAACAACUUGUUGAAUGCUUUUAUGUGCCUGGUUUCAAUGUUGAAAGGGAAAACAGACGUGUACUGUUGACACUUUAAACCACUUUGGAGAGAAAGUCUAUCUUUUUUUUUUGUCCCACCUAUUUUCAGUCAACCUGGUCCUUCAAGGAUUAGUGACUAUGUUUUCAGGAAAGGGUUAGCUUCUCUCUAGAAAAUGUCUGAAAGGAUUUUAUUUUCUGAUAAAUAAAUGGCUGUAUGAAAACACCCUCCUCAAAUAACCUGCUUAACUACAUAUAGAUUUAAGUGUGUCAAUAUUCUAUUUUGUAUAUUAAACAAAUGCUAUAUAAUGGGGACAAAUCUAUAUUAUACUGUGUAUGGCAUUAUUAAGAAGCUUUUUCAUUAUUUUUUAUCACAGUAAUUUUUAAAUGUGUAAAAAUUAAAACCAGUGACUCCUGUUUAAAAAUAAAAGUUGUAGUUUUUUAUUCAUGCUGAAUAAUAACCUGUAGUUUAAAAAAUGUCUUUUUACCUAAGCAGUGAAAUGUCAGACUGUAAAAUUUUGUGUGGAAAUGUUUAACUUUUAUUUUUCAUUUAAAUUUGCUGUUCUGGUAUUACCAAACCACACAUUUGUACUUAAUUGGCAGUAAAUGUUAGUUAGCCAUUUACAGCAAUGCCAAAUAUGGAGAAAUAUCAUAAUAAAAAUAUCUGCUUUUUCAUUAUGUGACUCCCAA